CUGCACUCGCAUGCACCCUCACGGCCGACACUCACACACUCUCGCCACUACCGGGUCGUGGGGUGGAGAAGGCUGCAUCUCCUGUGAAGGCUCUCUCGCUCCCUCCUGCUGUGCUGAAAGCAGAUUUGUGUGUGUGUUUGUGUGUGUGUGUGAGUGUGAGUGUGUGUCGGUGUGCUGAUUGAUGUGUGAGGAAUGGCGGAGCUGGAGGCCUUGGAGUUUGGGAAGUCCGACUUUGUUCUGUUGGACGAAGUCAACAUGGAGCAGUUCAUGGAGAACCUCAAGCUGAGGUUCGAAAUGGGUCGGAUCUACACCUUCAUCGGGGAGGUGGUGGUCUCCGUCAACCCCUACCGGGAGAUGGACAUCUACGGCAAAGAGGCCAUCGGCGCGUACCGCGGGCGCGAGCUGUACGAGAACCCGCCGCACCUCUACGCAGUGGCGGACGCCGCCUACAAGGCCAUGAAGAGACGGGCCAAGGACACCUGCAUUGUCAUCUCAGGAGAGAGUGGCGCCGGGAAGACGGAGGCCAGCAAGUACAUCAUGCAGUACAUCGCGGCCAUCACCAACCCCAGCCAGAGGGAGGAGGUGGAGAGUGUGAAGAACGUGCUGCUGAAGUCCAACUGCGUGCUGGAGGCCUUCGGCAACGCCAAGACCAACCGCAACGACAACUCCAGCCGCUUCGGCAAGUACAUGGACAUCAACUUCAGCUUCAGCGGGGAUCCCACCGGCGGUCACAUCAACAACUACCUCCUGGAGAAGUCUAGGGUGGUUCACCAGCAGCAAGGAGAGAGGAACUUCCACUCCUUCUAUCAGUUGUUGCGUGGGAGUCCCCAAACCCUGCUGGAGAGCUAUCACCUUCAGGGCGACCCCGCCGUCUACGCCUACACUAAGGAGGGGGCGGGAUCCUCUGCCAACAGCGACCAGUCGAGCCACCGAGCCGUGAGAACGGCUCUCAAGGUCAUCGGCUUCUCAGAGGACGAGAUCGAGUCCAUCUACAGAGUCCUGGCCACCAUACUACUACUGGGUAACAUCCAGUUCGGGACGGAGGAGGAGGUAGUCCAGGUGGAGGGCGACGGCGAGGUGGUGAGCCACGUCGCUGAGCUGACCUCCACCCAGCCCGAGCAGGUGGAGAAGGCCCUGCUGUUCCGCACGGUGGCCACCGGGGGCGGCGACGUCAUCGAGAAGGGACACUCAGAGCACGAGGCCUGCUUCGGCAGGGAGGCCUUCUCCAAGGCUCUCUAUGAGCGGCUGUUCGGCUGGAUCGUAGGCCGUAUCAACAGUGUGAUCGAGGUGAAAGACUACAACCCAAUGCUUCAUGGGAAAAACACCGUGAUUGGCGUUCUGGACAUCUAUGGCUUCGAGAUCUUCGACAACAACAGUUUUGAGCAGUUCUGUAUCAACUACUGCAAUGAGAAGCUGCAGCAGCUGUUCAUAGAGCUGAUCCUGCGUCAGGAGCAGGAGGAGUACGAGAGGGAGGGCGUGGCCUGGCAGCAUAUCGAGUACUUCAACAACCAGAUCAUCGUGGACCUGGUGGAGCAGAACCACAAGGGCAUCCUGUCCAUGCUGGACGAGGCCUGCCUCAGUGUGGGGCGCGUCACCGACACCGUGUGCCUGGAGAGCAUGAGCUCCAGGCUGGCACAGCACCCCCACUACACCGACCGCAAGCUGACCCCGGCCGACAAGACCAUGGAGUUCCAGAAGCACUUCCGGAUCCGCCAUUACGCCGGAGACGUCACGUGAGUCACAUGACCUUCCUCUUCCACUGUGGUCAUCAUCAGCCCCAUCAUCGCCUUCAUGACCUUCCUCCUCCGACUUUAUGCCGAAGAAUAACCGCCACGUUUCUGCUGUUGUGUA